CAAAAUAUGGGUAAACCAAACAUUGUUGUCUGCUUUUUGUUGCUGGUUUGAGCAGUAAUUGCCAAGGAAAGACUCGAAUUUGUGUUCCAAUACAAUAGCGCAGCUGAAAGAACUCCUCUGUACAAAGAUCAGUAUUUCAAUAUUACUAAAAACAAUUAUGGGCAAGGACCAAACAUGAUUACUUUGACAGGGCUCAGGAAUUCUUUUAACCAGGGAGAAAAGUUUAGAUCUCAUUAUACAAAUGAUCAUCCAUACUUCCUGUCUCCACGCUAUGAUCCAACAGAGUAUUUCAUCAGGACCUUCACUGAUAACCCCAGUAUCAUGAGUGCUUACUCCUUCAUGCUUGGAGCACAUCCAGAACAAGUUGAAGGACUCGGAUUGAUCAGAGAAAGUGAUGACAAGCCUCCUCUGCAAGAUGCCCAUAUUGACGAUGCUAGAAGAGCUCUUUACCUUGACAGACCAGAGGACAAAGCAAAGCCAAUAUAUAUCCAUACUGGGAAUGCAGACGGAUUCUUCUUCAGAAACAUCAAGAAAAUGUAUCCUGGACUUGAAAAAGACUUCAAUGAAAACAUGAAGAGAGCUUCUUCAGAGUUCGAAUCCAGAUAUGGAGAUGAACUCUAUAAGAGACUUGCCUUCUCUAUGGGAAGGAACAUCGGAGACUUGAACUUUGACAGUGUUGCUCAGUUCCUAGAUGAUUACAUUUCCGCAUUUGCUAAUGGAAAAUCCACCAGUCCGUUUAAUUUCAAUGAAGAUACAAUGGAUCUUAUCAGUAGAUACUAUUACUUCUUGAUUCAUCAAGGGCUGCUCAGAGAUCCAGCCUUGAACAAAGUUAUUGCUCAUCCAUUCUUAUACUCCCUUUUGAGAGAGAUUCUCUUCAAAGCUCAAGAUUACACAGAUAUUGCCAGAUGGGAGGGCCCAUGCGUCACUAGCAAGGUAUCCUUAGCUUUUGGUAAUAGAUUGACCUACCUCGCUGCUUUGAGAACUCUGGACCUCGAUGAUGAUGUGACUUACAACCCUGGAUGGGGAGAUCAACUUACCUUCGAGCUCUACCAAGAAGCAGGUGAAUGGUUUGUUAGAAUCUACAACAAUAAUGAAUUAGUAAGGUCCAUCUCAAGAGAUGGAAAAAUCCCCCUGGAGCAAUUCAAAACCUACGUUUGCACCAGACUUUACUACGGAGACAUGGAUGCUGUUGAAGCUGGCUAUGAGGAUUAUCACAAAAAAGCUCAGAUCAAAGGAAACCAAUGCAAGAGCUUAACUCAGGUGGUCCCACUCUUUGGAUGCACCUUGAAGAAGGAAUAUAAUUAUGAUCAGAGUGGAAGAAGUGACCUCGGAUGGACACAAAAUGAGCUAAGAAAGAACGAUAACUUUAGACAAUAUGGAGGAAGAGCUCCUACUGAUGAUUCUCUGUACUUUAUUAAAGCUAAACAGAACUCUGGAUAUUCUUACUCUUAUAAUUACGGAACUAAUUCAAAUGGAUAUGCAAACACUGAAGAUAACUUGAUGGCUAAUAAUGCAGCAGGCGGAUACGAUACUAAUUUCUAUGGAGGCAACAAUGGAUAUCAAUACUCAUACAACUCAGGAGACAGCUACCAAAACAACAGAAAUAUCUAUAGUGAUUCUUAUGGCUCAGAUAAUAUGAAAACCUAUGGUACACACUCAGACACGAGAAAUCAGCAGGGCAAUGAUUUCUACAGUGCAAACCAAGGAAACUAUGUUGUUGCCCAACCAAACACUAACCAGAACAAUUAUUACUCCAACAACUACGCCAACAACCAGAAGACUAUCCCAGUGACUGUAGAGCAUCAGACUGCUAAAUACGUCGUUGAAGAACAAUGUGAUUUACUCACACCUGUUCCUCCUUGAAAGAAGGAAUUCAACUUAUUCAGAGCUAAUCCAGUCGUGGUGAAGCAGAGACAGAGCCAGACUCAGACUGUCGCACCUGUUCAGAAUCAGAACUAUAACACACAGUACUCCUACAAUGUUCAGCUUGAUCCUGUAAUUCAGCCUGUGCAAUACAAUCAGCAAAAUCAGAACACGAAUGGCUAUAGGUAUUAGUUAAGAACUCAAUUG